UAAUUAGGCGGGGUUUAACGUCUGUUUGGAUGGGUCUAACUAUUAAAUCGUGUUUUUUUGUACUCUUAACUGGGUAUAUUUUUGUGAAAUGAGUAUUUUUUAUUUUUAUUUUUUUCAGAAUAAUUAUUCAGGAGUAAAUUAUUGUACACACCACUGAUGAAGCAGCCUGGAAGCAGUCACGUGAUAUCUGUUACUUUUCUCAUCGCUUGUUAAAAUGGACUAAUCACAGUAAAUCAUUCUAAAGAAAUUGCUUGAAAAUACUUACAUUCGUCUGUCAAGUACCGAUCUUUGAAAGCUAAUUAGAUUCAAGCGAGACAAUAAAAAUACAUCAUGAUAUUUAAACGAGACUCGAUGGAGGUUACAGCUUUCUGUGCCCCCUGCUGGUGUCAUGCAAACUCUUAUUACCAAGCAACAUAAUUGUCGCCCAAUGGCGCGACGCUCGCGACGCCGACCGAUGUGAAGCGAGCGUGUGCUUGUCUCUUUAAGAAACACUCCUGUUGCACGAGAGUCUGGUGUUUUUCCACUCUCUCCGUUAUUACAUGCGCUCCCAUAUAAGACAGAAGUCGGGGGGAGAGGGCGUAAAGAUUAUUUCCCUUGCUUUGUAGCCUCACCAGAAGAAGACAAAAGAACAAGAGACGGACUUGAGCAAUAAAUUGCAUUGUCAGUAUGGCACAGAAGGAGAAGUUGCAGUGUCUCAAAGAUUUCCAUAAGGACACAUUGAAGCCGUCUCCUGGUAAGAGUCCCGGCACGCGUCCGGAAGACGAGGCGGAGGGCAAAGCACCGCAGCGGGAGAAAUGGGCCAGCAAGCUGGAUUUCGUGCUCUCUGUGGCCGGCGGUUUCGUUGGUUUAGGCAACGUUUGGCGUUUCCCGUACCUCUGCUACAAGAAUGGCGGAGGUGCAUUUCUCAUCCCCUACUUCAUAUUUCUGUUUGGCGGAGGGUUACCCGUCUUCUUUCUGGAGGUAGCGCUCGGCCAGUUCACCUCUGAGGGAGGAAUCACCUGCUGGGGGAAACUCUGCCCCAUUUUCACUGGAAUCGGCUACGCCUCAGUCGUGAUCGUGUCUCUGCUGAACAUCUACUACAUCGUGAUCCUGGCGUGGGGUUUGUAUUACCUGCUGCAGUGUUUCCAGCACGAGCUGCCCUGGGCCCGCUGCCGGCACAGCUGGAACACGGAGAACUGCGUGGAGGACACCGUCCGCAAGAACAAAACCCUCUGGCUCUCCGCUAACGCUGCCAACUUCACCUCGCCGGUCACCGAAUUCUGGGAGCGGAACGUCCUCAGCAUCUCUUCAGGGAUCGACGAGGUCGGCGGUCUGAAGUGGGAGCUGGCGUUGUGCCUGCUGGCCGUCUGGAUCAUCUGCUUCUUCUGCAUCUGGAAAGGAGUCAAAUCCACCGGCAAGGUGGUUUAUUUCACAGCGACGUUUCCCUUCCUCAUGCUGAUUGUGCUGCUGGUUCGUGGUGUGACUCUGCCUGGGGCAGCCGAGGGCAUCAGGUUCUACCUUUACCCGGAUCUGACCCGCCUAAAGGACCCUGAGGUGUGGAUUGAUGCAGGCACUCAGAUCUUCUUCUCAUAUGCUAUUUGUCUUGGUGCAAUGACAUCACUGGGAAGCUACAACAAGUACAAGUAUAACUGUUACAGGGACUGCAUGCUGCUCGGAUGCCUGAACAGCGGUACCAGUUUCGUGUCAGGCUUUGCCAUUUUCUCUGUCCUGGGGUUCAUGGCACAGGAGCAGGGCGUGGCCAUCGCCGACGUGGCCGAGUCAGGUCCUGGUCUGGCCUUCAUCGCGUAUCCAAAGGCCGUUACAAUGAUGCCACUGCCGACGGUCUGGGCGAUACUUUUCUUCAUAAUGCUUCUGCUGCUGGGCCUAGACAGUCAGUUUGUAGAAGUGGAGGGUCAGAUCACCUCGCUGGUGGACCUGUACCCAUCCCUCCUAAGGAAGGGAUACCGGAGAGAAAUCUUCAUCGCUGUUAUCUGCGUCAUCAGUUACCUGCUGGGACUCACCAUGGUCACUAAAGGUGGCAUGUACGUCUUCCAGUUGUUUGACUACUACGCCGCCAGCGGUGUGUGCCUUCUCUGGGUUGCAUUCUUUGAAUGUGUUGCAGUAGCCUGGGUUUACGGGGCUGAUAAUUUCUACGAUGCUAUAGAGGACAUGAUCGGCUACAGACCCAACAGCUGGAUGAAAUGGAGCUGGAUGCUGAUCACACCCGUCCUUUGUGUGGGUUGUUUUGUCUUUUCACUGGUGAAGUACAAGCCGCUCACCUAUAACAAGCUUUACAAGUAUCCUGAUUGGUCCGUUGGAUUGGGUUGGGCUCUUGCACUGGCUUCUAUGAUUUGCAUCCCGAUGAUGGUCGUCAUCAAAAUCAUCCAAUCAGACGGCUCCCUGAUAGAGCGGAUCAAAGCGGUGGCGGCGCCCGUUAAAGGAGGCGCGAGCUCUCGUCCGAAGGAGUACAGCCUGAAGAACAGCGAGCUGCUUCACCCUCUGGACCCCAACGGCAUCCACGCCUUCACCAAACACACCCACACCAUCGUAGAAACUACUAUGUGAGACUCUCUGAGAGAGAUUUCCAUAUUCUCCUGCUCCUGUCCUCUCCUAUGGGAGAUCCCGUUUUCCUGUGUUGUCCCUCUCCCUUCCCCUCUGUUCCUCUCUCUCGCUCUGCACUAGUGCAUUUUUACGAAAUGAUCUUAUAUCGAUAUAUAUCUUUUUUUGCCAUGUAGGAUUUGUAUUCUGAUUGUAAUCACUGGUAUUAGCAUUAAUGCUGAUAUUGUAAUAACCUGAUGUGAGCUUUAGCCGUGUGGGGCGGUUUGUUUAAUCUGUAGUGCACUGUUUCACAUUAAACCGUGUCCUAAUCAGGAGCGACACACGAUUUACCACUCAUCGCUUUACUAUUACUAUCAUAUCAGUCAGAGUUUUGAGAGAUUUUGCUGUCAAUUUCGGUGCUGUCACUCUGGGUAGCCCCGCCCACAGCGAAAUCCCAUUGGUCCAAAAUCAUGCUCCCGAUAUUCGUAUUGCAUUUUACUUUCUAAGAGGAGUUUUGUUGUGGAAAUCGUGUUGCGCCUGGUUAGGACACAAUCCAUCAGCAGAGAGAGCGAGUUUUAAUUCAUUUUUAGGAUAAACUUAAAACAGCAGCGAACUAAAUGUGACAUUUAGCUCCGUCCGUCAGUGGUUGUGGCAGUAACUCUUGUACGAUGAGGUUCUUAAAUGUUCUUUGUCUUGAAGAAAAAUGAAUGUACCUCCGCUUUGGGGCGGACGCUGUGCACAGUCAUGCACACUCACACAUAAGACAUAACCUUAACGCUCUGUCCUUUCGGUCUCUCCUUGAACUAUAGUGAUCACUGCCAUCGCACACAUUGAGCCACUGAGUUCAUUUAACACUGUAGGCAGCUGUGUUCACUGAUAUAAGUAUCAUUUGGUGCACUAUUAUAAACGUCAUUCGCUGUAAGCUGAUCCAAGAGCUGAUGAUUAUCAUCACCACGCAGAGUCGUUUGGCAGCACUUUACUAGCUCUUCAUGUACAGCGCGCUCCGAAAGUCUGAGACUAUACAAGUCAAAAUGUUUCUAUAUGUAUAUCUUUCAUUUUAAUUUUAUUUAACAUUUUCUUAAAUCUUAAAACUUUUCUACUUCCCCCUCUAUAAUAAAAACUAUUAACUUCAGGGAAUUUCUACUUUUUUCAAGAAUUCAAUCAUAUUUUAAUCAUUUGGUAUUGUAUACAUCAGGGGUGUCCAGACUUUUUUGAACGGGGACCAGGUUUGAUGACGUGAUGGGUCAUUUCUUUUGUCCAAAGGCCUUAAUAAUAAUAAAAACAAAGAUAUGACAUCCAAAGUAUGUAAGGUAGUACAACUAGAUCUCUUUUAUUGAAUCCAAAAGGUUUUAAUUAUAUUUUGCUACAUAAAAAGGUAUUUUAAAGAUUUUGAAGUGUCAAAAGGUCAUUCGGUUUAACCGUCCAAAGGCCAAUACAGCCAUUUCAUUUGUGAUUAAAAUAUCUUAAAAUGUAAUAAAUGUAUAUAUUUUUUAUUUUAUAACAUCAUAUAUCAACAUAGUGCAAAAUGGUAUUAAAAUUAUGUGUAGAAGUCGUCGCUUUGUUAUGAGAAAGAAUGUCCAGAAAAAUGAAUUUCAUUGAUGUCAUUCGGAGUAACCAAUAUAAAGGGACCAUUUUGGAUCAAGUCAUGCAGUCAAUAUCAUGUGACAGGAUGUGACAUCAUUCAAACACCUGCAAAGGACCACACGGCCUGUGAAGCAAAGGAACUAACUAUCUUUUAACAAUUUGAAAAAUUCAUGUUUUCACUUGCCUCAUACGCAUGUCCCAAAACAACAGGUCAUUCAGUACAACCGCUAUAAAACAUGGAAAAUGUUGUAAUAUUUUAAAAACGUACUAAAUAUAAAAUAUUUGAUUGUCCUUUUGCUAGAUAGCUAGAUAUCAGCCUGUUAGCAUUGUUUGAAAAUAUCACCAAAAGUGUCAUUCGGUAAAAUUGAAUUUUUGGUUAAACCGAAUGACUUUUUUGGUGACAAAUUUUGUCCAUCUUGUAAAAAAUAACAAAAGCAGUGUUAAUUGAUUAAAAAACUACAUAAUCUCAUUAUUUACACUUGAUAAAACUUCUGUUUUUUUACACUUUUAAAAACCUUAUACGUCAAUGACCCAUAUAUAUAUAUACACAUUAAUCUAACACCUGGGGGCUCGUCCGGGAUAUUCUCAAGAAACAUAUGGGUAUAUAUAUUCAUAGACUAACAUUUAAGAGAUCAACUAAUUAUUAUUAAUUACAUGUUUUGUCUCUUGGAAAAGCACAUUUGACAGUAGCAGUAGCUUGAGUUGGGACGCAGAUGUAAUUUUAUUUUCAUUAUCACAAAAAAUAAAAAAGGGUAAAAUUGUUACCUACAAAAUCAUGUUAUGAUAAAUGCUGUUUUAACUACAUUUGACCAUUUAUGUCUGUAUUGGUUAGCUUAUGUACUAGCAUAGCAUACAGAUACCCAAUUAGCCUGAUAGCUUAGUUUAUACAGGCAUUUGAACUUACCCUACCUGUAUUCACAGUCAUCUUUAAUGUAAUUAUGUGUUAAAUUAAGUGUUAAAUGUGCAAAUAUUUCAGUUAUAAAUAAAAAAAAAGUUAAAUUAUUCAUUUAAUAGUCUAUUAUAAUUAUUAUUUAUUAAUGAAUUAUGUUCAGUUGGUUUUAUUAUGCACUCAUUUGUUUUCUUACGCAUUAUAUAGUAAGCUGUAUGGGUAUUUUAAGUUAAUAUCAUUCAUAUAUACUUAGAAUAAUCAGUUUGGGGAGACCCGAUUUCGAGGGAGGACCCAAUUUGUCAUGAUGGCUGUUCAAAGAAAUAGCGCUGUCUGGUUCCGCUUUUGGCGCGUUUAAUGUUUCCCUGGCCUAAAAACUAGUGCGGUCACCUUGUGUUGACAGUGUAAAACUGCAUGAUUUGUAAAUUAUGUGGCAGGCCACAUAUAUUUUAAUAGACAAGGCCCGUAUUUGUCUGUAAUUGGCCUGCGGGCCUGACUUUGGACACCCCUGGUAUGCACAGAUACUGGUUUUACAAAAAAAAAUUUGUGUAUAUUUAUUAGAUUGUUUUCAUUAUGAAUUAUACUAUCAGCAUCAGGGGCGGACUUAACCAAUAAGCGAGGUAAGCUGUCGCUUAGGGCCCAAGGGUCCCCAACAAAUACCCAGAAGCCUAUAUAAAUCCAUUUGACAUUUGAGUAUUUGACCUUUUAAGUAAGCCUUGGUGUGUUGGGGCCCCAUACCUGGAAUUGCUUUGGGCCCCCAAAUCACUGCCCCUGAUCAGCAUAAGAAUUGCUGACAUGAACAAAACUUGAGAAUAAGCACCUUAUGCUUCAAUGUACAAAGAGUCACAUGAUCAAUGUCACUAGUUAACUUGCAUUUGAUUAGUGACCUAGAAAUAGUUUGAGGAUUUUGGGGAAAACAACAAAAAAAUUCCAAUUACAUUUUGAUUCCCACACGUUUCAGACUUUUGGAGACCGCUGUAUAUCACAAGAUUCAGCAUAGCCAAACCGCUCAUCAUCAUAAAGCCAUCAGCUUUCAGAAUGAGCGCAGGAAACCUGGGCUUUACGUCCUUGAACAGAGACACUGCCAUUUCCCUCUCUGGUCUAAGAAUGAGAUUGUUUCUUUAGCCUUAAAACGUCUAAAUAAAUAUUCAAGCUAAUCACCAACAGCAAAGAACUGCCCCUCAUAAUGUGUCCUUUACCUUUGACCAUCCAUAAACACGACCCUUUCUGACCCCAAUGUCUUUGUACACAUCAGGGCUGCGUCUGAAAUCGCAUUCUUCAAUACUACUGCAAGAUGUGCAUACGAUGGACACUUUUACUAUCCCAUGAGGUCACGGGAGAGUAUUUGUUAAUGGCAGUGAAGCGACAAACUGACGCUGGUAGGUCACAUGAUAAUGACAACAUGGCAAAUGUAGUAGUACGUCCAGAUUACAUAUAUAGAACAUACUUUUAACACUCACAAAGUAAGUGCUUAAUCAAAAUAACUACCUUCUCAAGAGAGUAUGCGAUUUUGGAUGCAGCCAGACCUGACCUAUGACCCCGAACCCUUCUAGAUUUAGCUAUACCCUCUGUCCUAUUCCCACCAAUCUGUUCACUAAGCAAGUGUUUGCUCAUUUGUAGUAUUUUCAUUGAUCUAAAAUCUGCCUUUUUGUAUUUAACCAUUUUAUACUGUACCUGAUGUGAUUGGUCAUUUGCCUAUAUAUAUUUUUUUCUGAUUGUAUUCAGAAAUUUAUAUUUAAACGUUGAUUAGUUGUCAGCCUAAAUGCAACUUGCAGUGUGCAAUAUUUGUAAACAACUGGCUUUGUCCAUUUUUUAUUAUAAUUUCAGCUGGAAAAUACUGUAACAUGAUGAAAACAGGAAAUUCAAGAUGAAAUUUUUCAUUCACAUUUUGCUGUAACUUGAUUAAACAAAAACAAACAAAAAUUGUAAAACCAAAGUAGUUUUGUGACAGACACCGUUCUAGAUGCAUAUUGCAUCUUUCAGACAAAAUAAAAAUGUCCAAUCUU